CUCCACCGUUGCACCGCUACGAAUCGACGGUCACAAAUUGCUCUCAGACAACAACUAUACACAAAAUAAUAUCGUAUUGCUCAUAAUUUCCUCUACUUUUCUAAUUAGAUUUUUGUUUUGAUUUCACUUCUUCGUCUCCCAAAAUCUAAUCACUGUCUUCUUGUUGCAGAUUCUGCUCUAUUGUUCUAUAUCAGUGCGUUUCGAGAAUCAUCGCUUGGUUUAGUUUCAUCGGGUUUCGAUUACUGGGUUAAGGGAUGAGAAUUGGAUGAUGAACGAUGCCAGUACUGCGUGGCGGAGCGCGCCGCGGCCGGAGAGAAAAGCAGGAGACGCUGCAAAACAACAACGAUAAAAACGCAAAGAAUAAUAAUAAUAAUCAGAAUCAGGAUAAGAGAAAAGUGAAUCAGGCUGUCGAGGAAAACACGGGAAUAGCGACGCGGACAAGGAGGAGAACGGCAGUGGCUGCAGCUCUUGCAGGGCCUGUUGAUGAAAAGGUAGCUUCUGUGCCCAAAGAAGCUGAGGCAGAGGAGAUUUUCGUUGAGGAAUUAGGAGAGAGGAAGGAGGAUCCUGAGGAGAGAGUAGAAGCUGAGGAGGGAGGGAGAGGAAUGGAUGAUUACGACAGCGGAGGCGGGAAAAGCCCGACAAAGGCCAACGGUGGUGGUGAUGAUGAAUUGGCGGCACCUCUCCCGGACAAGCAUUCUUUGUAUGGAGGUGAAAUGGUGGUGGAGUAUCUGUAUGCAUGUUUCCGUUGGUUAUUGGAUGGGAGACUGAAAGGCUUUGGAAGUUUUAUUGUGCAGGUUGGUGGUUCUCCAAUGUACAAAAUUGAUAGGAAACUUGGCAAGGGAGGUUUCGGACAAGUGUAUGUUGGUCGCCGUCUCACUGGCAGUAGCAUUAAUGAAAGGACAGGUCCUGGAGCUUUUGAGGUGGCCCUAAAAUUUGAACAUCGUAAUAGCAAGGGUUGUAAUUAUGGUCCACCUUACGAGUGGCAAGUUUAUAACACCCUGGGUGGAAGUCAUGGUGUACCGCGAGUGCACUAUAAAGGCCGACAAGGCGAUUAUUACGUUAUGGUCAUGGAUAUGCUAGGACCAAGCUUGUGGGAUGUUUGGAAUAAUAAUGCCCACUCGAUGUCUGUUGAAAUGGUGGCUUGCAUUGCAAUUGAAGCCAUUUCUAUAUUAGAGAAAAUGCACUCAAGAGGUUGGAUGCUUGUUCUUCUCGAAAUGUUGGUUGAUGGAAAGAUUGGUGAUGUGGAUUUAAGCUAUGUUCAUGGGGACGUGAAGCCUGAGAAUUUCUUGCUCGGCUCGCCAGGGUCCCCUGACGAGAAGAAGUUGUACUUGGUUGAUCUUGGUCUAGCCACGAGAUGGAGAGAUGGCACUACUGGGCUGCACGUUGACUAUGAUCAACGACCAGAUGUUUUCAGGGGAACCGUUCGUUAUGCCAGUGUGCAUGCUCAUUUAGGCAGAACUGGCAGCAGGAGAGAUGAUUUAGAAUCCCUUGCUUAUACGCUUAUUUUUCUUUUGCGUGGACGCCUGCCUUGGCAGGGAUACCAGGGUGAGAACAAAGGAUUUCUCGUCUGCAAGAAGAAAAUGGCAACAUCACCCGAGGCACUCUGCUGCUUUUGCCCACAACCUUUUAAAUCUUUUGUGGAACACGUGGUGAAUCUGAAGUUUGACGAGGAACCUAAUUAUGCUAAGUAUAUCUCCUUCUUUGAUGGGAUAGUUGGACCAAAUCCAAAUAUCAGGCCCAUCAAUACCGAGGGUGCACAGAAGCUUAUCUAUCAGGUUGGUCACAAGAGAGGACGCCUAAUGCUUGAGGAUGAAGACGACGAACAACCUAAGAAGAAGGUCAGAAUGGGAAUGCCUGCCACACAAUGGAUUAGCAUUUAUAAUGCUCGAAAACCAAUGAAACAAAGAUAUCACUAUAAUGUGAUGGAUGCAAGACUUUCCCAGCACAUCGAUAAAGGAACUGAAGAUGGUUUGUUCAUUAGUUGUGUGGCAUCUUGUCAAAAUCUUUGGGCACUAAUAAUGGAUGCCGGCACUGGCUUCACUAGUCAAGUGUAUGAGCUGUCGCCUUUCUUUCUUCACAAGGAAUGGAUAAUGGAACAGUGGGAGAAGAAUUAUUACAUCAGUGCUGUUGGGGGAGCUGGAAAUGGUAGUUCAUUAGUUGUAAUGUCGAAAGGCACACAGUACGCUCAACAGUCUUACAAAGUGAGUGAUUCAUUCCCAUUCAAGUGGAUAAACAAAAAAUGGAGAGAAGGUUUUUACGUGACAUCUAUGGCCACAUCAGGUUCGAGAUGGGCCGUUGUCAUGUCUCGUACCACUGCAUUUUCUGACCAGGUAGUAGAACUGGAUUUUCUUUACCCAAGUGAGGGUAUUCAUAGACGGUGGGACAAUGGGUACCGAAUAACUGCCACUGCAGCAACUUACGAUCAGGCUGCUUUUGUUUUAAGUGUGCCGAGAAGAAAACCAGUCGAUGAGGCACAAGAGACACUACGUACUUCUGCCUUUCCCAGUACACAUGUCAAGGUUUUAUUGGAGACAAGUUGCUCUUUUGAUUGCAGCUUUUGUGAACUAAAUGGAGAUUGCAAUUCGCAAUGUCCUGAUGUGGAAAUACAAGAGAAGUGGGCGAAGAAUCUAUACUUAGCAUCAGUAUGCUAUGGCCGCACCGUUUCUUAGUGCUUUUUUCCGGCUUAUUAACUUCCGGAAUCUUCUUAGUGGUGAAAGACAAACUGAUGAUGUGUUCAUGUUUCAUGAAUUAUAAGCUUAUUGCAGUUUGUAGGGGAAGUUCAUAAAGCAAUAUGUUCUCCCAUUGUGUGCAUUAUUUGGAUGGUGGCCUUCAGAAUGUAUGCUUUUUAUGCCUAAUGCUGACUUGAAGNGACAGGUGUUUUU